UUGGGCAUAGAUGUUGCGUUUGGGGAUGUAGGUUGAGGGAAAGUCUUGGAUGGGGAGAGGGUUGCUUUCUGAUCUGAGGUGUGGGCAGACGUUGAAUUUUCAAUUGCAUGUUUUCAGGCUAUGAUGAGGACAAGGCUUAUGUAAGGUUGUCAUAUUUUGUUGGCGGGUUAGAGUUCCUGUGAAUUAGAAGAAUGGGGGAUCAGGCUGUCAAUGGAUACCAGCCACAAAUGGGCUUAAACGGCCAUUUGGAGGCCACCAAAUUGCUGUCCCUCCGGGUCAUCUCGGGCCACAACCUGGCCAGGAAGGACAUCUUCGGCGCCAGCGAUCCGUACGUCCGAAUCGACCUAGUCCGCGGCGAGGGUGACGGUGAGGAGGUGAUCGACGCCGUUCUCACCAAAACCAAGAGAAGGACGCUGAACCCGGAGUGGAACCAAGAGUUUCUGUUCCGCGUGAAGCCGGCCGAGCACAGACUGGUGCUGGAGGUGUACGACGAGAACCGGCUGACGCGUGACGACUUUCUGGGCCGCAUCGAGCUGCCGCUGGCCACGCUGCCGCGUCAGAGGCCCGGCCGCUCCAUCCCGGAGAAGAAUUAUGUGCUCCGACCGCGCAGCGCCCGCUCGCACGUGCGCGGCCACCUGCGGCUGUUCCACGCGUACGUGCCGGAUCCGUCCGGCCUGCCGGACGACGACGAGUCGCUCGAGGAGCCGUCCGAGCCCGGCCCCGACUGGGAGGUGCUCGACGCCGAGGGGGACGGCCCCGAUGGCGCCAACGUCCAGGUGUGCACGGACAUGGCACAGCUGUAA